AUGUCUGAUCAGAGUGAUAGCCAGAAUAAGUCAGAAGAGCAGGUGAACCUGAGUGAGGGCACUAGUCCCUCUAGCAGUAAUGAUGAAGGCAGCAGAAGUACUCCUAGCAAUCUGCCUAAAGCUGCUACUAGGCAUAGGAGGAAGAGAAAUUCUAAGUCUGAAGAUGAAGACUAUGUGGCUGCUGAGGAGGAGGUGAGCUCCAAGAAAAAGGUUGUCAAGAAAGAGUUUGGCACAGUUGCAUCUACCAAAUCUGGUAUGCACAAGAAGGCUCCUGCAGAGAGAGUGCCCAUGUCAAAGGCCAGAGCCUCCACUCUUGAAACUUCCAAAUCAACUGGUGGAGAGGCUAUUGGUGAGGGCAAGAAGAAAAAGCAAAGGAAGAGAGGAAGAUGGUGCAAGAAAGUAGAUCCAAUGGCAGAAUUUGAAAAGCACUCAUCUGAUGAGGAUGAAGAAGAAGAGGAUCGCAAGACAACCCCCAAAGCUUCUGCUCCGGCUCCCAAGACUGCACCCAAGAGGAGCACAAGGAAUAUAUAUAUACCAGCUGCUGAAAAGAACAAGGCCCCAGUGCUUGAAACUGGAGUUGAAGAAGAAGAUGAUGCUGAAGCCCAAGUGCUUAGGAAGCUCAAGCCAAAGAUCCCUGACCAUGAUGAUAAUCAUCCAGUGGCAGAAAGCAUGAAGGUCAGAAAGGAUGCAGGUCUCAGACUAUGGAGACAAUGUGAUCCAUAUGCUGUGAGGAGAAUGACUGCUGUGGAUUACAGGUUCCACACCAAGGAGCAGCAGGACUUCUAUGAAACCAUUUUGCUUGAUAAGAAGCCAAUUGUCUGUGAUAUGAAGUGGGCAGAUUGGAAAUAUAUUGACAACAAUGAAGACCAUUUUCCAGGAGUGCAUGUGUAA